AAAAUCAAAAUGGGGUUAGAAAUAUUAUUGUGGUCGAUUGUGGCAGUUCUCGCAGGAACAUAUGUUUUUCUGUUCGGUUUCCUUAGGAAAUUAAAUGAAUGGUACUGUGUCAGUAGGCUGGGGAAGAAGCAAAACCCUCUGCCUCCAGGUGAUAUGGGAUGGCCCUUCAUCGGAAACAUGUGGUCCUUCCUCAGAGCUUUCAAGUCCCAAGACCCUGAUUCCUUCAUCAACAACUUGAUUAAAAGGCAUGGAAGAACAAGCAUUUAUAAGACCCAUCUGUUUGGGAGUCCGAGCGUCAUAGUUUGCAGUCCGGAGUUAUGCAGGAAGGUAUUGACAGAUGAUGAACACUUUUUGUUUGGCUACCCUUCAUCGGCAACACAAUUAGGAGGAAAAAAAUCGCUGUACGGUAUUUCAAAUUCAGAGCACAGGCGUUUGCGUAGGCUAACAACGGAUCCUAUCAAUGGCCAUGAAGCACUAGCUUUGUAUAUAGGGCAUAUUGAAGACAUUGUGAUCACUUCAUUGGAAGAUCUGGCUGGCAUGAACCGCCCUAUCAAGUUCUUCAAUGAGAUGAAGAGGAUUGGUUUCAAGGUUAUUGCACAAAUUUUCCUUGGUUCCACUCAGGAAUCGGUUCUUUCGUCAAUGGUGAAGUAUUACACAGAGUUGUUCCCUGGCGUUCUUUCUAUACCCAUUAAUCUCCCUGGUUUUGCAUUCCAUAAAGCACUCAAGGCACGAAAGAAGCUGGUAAAGACAAUUCAAGCCGAAUUAGAUGUAAGAAGAGCGCAGAAAACUAUGGUACCAAACAGGAAGAAAGGGAUGAUGGACUUACUUAUGGAAGUUAAAAACGAGAAUGGUGAAAAAUUGGAGGAUGAGCAUAUCAUUGAUUUAUUGUUGCUGAUCUUGUUCGCGGGUCAUGAAACCACAGCACACACCGCAAUGUGGGCAAUCAUCCACCUCCAUGACCACCCAGAAAUGUUGCAAAAAGCCAAGGAAGAGCAAGAGGCUAUAAUAAAGAGAAGGUCAUCCUCACAGAAAGGUCUGACCCUCACCGAAAUCAAACAAAUGGAAUAUCUACCUAAGGUUAUUGAUGAGUCUUUGCGAAGAAGCAAUUUUGCGUUCUCAAUUUUUCGGAAGGUAGAAGCUGAUGUUAACAUUAAUGGUUAUACCAUACCAAACGGAUGGAAAGUUUUGGUUUGGCAUAGGGCCAUUCACAUGGAUCCUAAUAUUUAUUCAAACCCAAAAGAAUUCCUUCCUUCAAGAUGGGAGAACCAUAGAUUCAAAGCAAGGUCUUUCAUUCCCUUUGGAGCGGGAAGUAGGACCUGCCCUGGAGCUGAUCUAGGCAAACUUGAGAUCUCCAUUUUCCUUCAUUAUUUCCUCCUUAACUACAAGCUUGAAGAGGUAAACCCGAGGGGUCCAAUUAAUUACCUACCCUUGCCACGCCCAGCAGACAACUGUCUUGCAAGAAUCAUUAAGCUCCCGUGAUGCUUUCUAUUGGGACCAAUGACCCCUUUCCUUGCUUCACCUUAGCAAGUAUUCAGUAUACAUGGGUUUAGGCAUAGUGCUGCCAGGAAAGACAGGGAGCUUAAUUUUCAAUUUGUUAACAAGUUUAGCAGUGUCGAGGCCUGCAGACACACCAAGAAUGUUCUUAUUCUUCUUCUUCUAUCCCAUUCCCUUACAUAUAAAUGUUUUCCCUCAUUCUUUCUAGUAGGAAAAUUUUCAGCAGUUGGAUGUAACAUCGUAUUUUUGCUCCAUGUCCG